CAACCUGUGCCCACGAUAUAGGCUAAAAUGAAUUUUGAAGGAAAGCAUGCAAUAAUUGUUGGUGGAGUGUCUGGUAUCGGACUAUCAUCUGCUGAGCUUAUGCUCAAACAUAAAAUUGAAAAAGUAUUAAUAAUUGAUCACAUGUCUGAAAAAUUCGAUGAAUUAACCGUAGAGCUAUCAAAAAAAUACGGUAAAAAUAAAAUUAUAUUUUAUGAAUCUGAUGUAAGUGAUCUCAAUCAAUUAAAAGCUGCUUUUGGAUUUGCCAGAGAAAAAUUGAAUAAUGUGAGAAUAGUUCUGAAUAAUGCAGCUAUAUUAGCUGAAUCAAUUUGGGAGAAGAUGAUUGAUAUCAAUGUGAAAGCCAGUAUUCUCGGAACUAAGCUUGCUGCCGAGCUUAUGGCAGGCCACGAUGGUGUUAUUGUGAAUACCAGCUCAAUAGCAGCUCUUCUACCACAUCGCUGGUUACCUGUCUACACUAGCACCAAAAGUAGUUUGCUGACAUUCACACAAUGUUUAGCGCAAACUGAAAAUUGUAGUCCAACCGGGAUCAGAUAUCUAUUACUAUGUCCUGGAGGGACCAAUACACCUCUGAGACAUGGCAUAAAUAAGUAUGGAAUUGUACAAGAGCACAUUCCGUAUGAACAAAUUCCAAAAGCUUUGUUAGAAGACCAAGAACCCGAAUUGGUUGGAAAUGCAUUCAUACGCAUGCUUCAAGAAGCUGCUAACGGUGCCGUAUGGCUGGUUAAUGGUGGUAAAAUUUUCGAUGUGCAUGUACCAACAUUUGAAGAACUCAAAAAAACAGAAAUAUAA